UCUUUCUUAGGGUUUUUGAGAUUUCCCCAGAGAUUUUUUUUCUGGUUUUCCAUCAACAACACAAUGGGAAGCCUUGAAGAAGAUUUUGGUGCGACUGACAAGCAAUUUCUCGCUGCUCCAAUAAAGAAAGCUGUGGACAAAUUCCCACUGGUUCCUGAAUUUCUCAAGGUGAGAGGUUUAGUUAAACAACAUUUAGAUUCUUACAAUUACUUUGUUAAUAUCGGAAUCAAGAAAAUUGUUCGUGCUAAUGCUGUGAUUCAAUCUGACAAUGAUCCUGAAAUCGGCCUACGGUACACUAAUGUUGAAAUUGGAGAGCCUUGUAUUGAUAUUGAUACUGCUAGGAAAAGCCUAGUUCCUCAAGAAUGCCGUUUAUGGGACAUGACUUAUGCUGCUCCUAUUACAGUGAAUGUAGAGUUCACAAGGAGAAUCAAUGGUAGGAUAGAACCUUUGAAAAGAGAGAAGCUAGUUAUUGGACGAAUGCCUAUUAUGCUGCGCAGCUGCCGCUGCGUGUUGAACGGGAAAGACGAAGAUGAGCUUGCGAGACUCGGUGAGUGUCCACUUGAUCCUGGUGGUUAUUUUGUUGUUAAGGGAACUGAGAAGGUGGUUUUGAUUCAAGAACAGCUUUCGAAUAAUAGAAUUAUUAUUGAUACUGUGAAAGGGAAUUUAGUAGCAUCUGUAACUAGUAGUACUGAGAAGAUUAAGAGUAAGACUGUGAUUCUUAUGGACAAAGAUAAGAUUUAUUUGCUAUUGAACCAGUUUUCUAAGAAGAUGCCUAUUAUGAUUGUCAUGAAGGCCAUGGGUAUAGAGAGUGAUCAAGAGGUGGUUCAGAUGGUUGGUAGAGAUCCUAGAUAUGCUAAUAUGUUGUUGCCGUCCAUUCAGGAAUGUGCAACUGCGAAUGUGUAUAGUCAGAAACAGGCUCUGGAGUAUCUUGAUAAUAAUGUCAAGAAGUAUGGGUUUUCUAAUGCGAGCCAAGAAGGGAGAGGGCUGAGUAUUCUGCGUGAUGUUUUUAUUGCUAAUGUGCCUGUUCGUGAAAUGAACUUCCGGCCGAAAUGUAUUUAUGCUGCUGUGAUGAUGAGGCGCAUGAUGGAUGCGAAUUUGAACAAAGCUGCUAUAGAUGACAAGGAUUACGUGGGGAAUAAGCGGUUGGAGCUUUCUGGGCAGUUGAUAUCUUUGCUUUUUGAGGAUUUGUUUAAGACAAUGAAUGACGAGGCUAAGAAGCGAAUGGAUGUGGAAUUAAAAAAAGGUUCAUACAGGAGCCCUGACUCUUAUAUAAUGGGAAAUAGCAUCACCCAGGGGUUGGAAAGGGCACUCUCUACUGGUAACUGGGAUUUAAAACGUUUCAGGAUGCACAAGACAGGAAUGACACAGGUUCUAGCUCGGCUUUCCUUCAUUGCGGCUGUGGGACAAAUGACAAGAGUUAAACCACAAUUUGAGAAGUCCAGAAAAGUGAGUGGACCAAGAGCAUUGCAGCCAAGCCAGUGGGGUAUGCUUUGCCCAUGUGAUACUCCUGAAGGAGAAGCCUGCGGGUUGGUUAAGAAUUUGGCCCUGAUGACUCAUGUAACAACUGAUGAAGUAGAGGGUCCUAUAAUAUCUUUGUGUCACAGUUUAGGAGUGGAAAGCUUGGAAGAACUCUCAGCUGAAGAGAUCCACUCGCCAAAUUCCUUUCUGGUCAUAUUUAAUGGGAUUAUUCUCGGCAAGCACAGGCUACCACAGCGUUUUGCAACUUCCAUGAGGAAUUUGCGGAGAGCAGGAAAAAUUGGGGAGUUCAUCAGUGUAUAUGUGAAUGAGAAACAACAGUGUGUUUACAUCGCGUCAGAUGGAGGUCGUGUAUGUCGUCCGCUUGUUAUUGCUGACAAGGGAAUCUCCAGGAUUAAGGAACACCAUAUGCAGGAGUUGCGGGAUGGAGUGCGCACAUUCAGUGACUUUGUACGUGAUGGACUAAUCGAAUAUCUUGAUGUUAAUGAACAGAACAAUGUGUUGAUUGGUUUAUAUGAAGGAGAACCUAAAGAAGAAAUCACUCAUCUAGAAAUUGAGCCUUUGACGAUCUUGGGUGUUUGUGCCGGGUUAAUUCCAUAUCCUCACCACAAUCAGUCACCAAGAAAUACAUAUCAGUGUGCAAUGGGAAAACAAGCGAUGGGAAAUAUUGCAUAUAACCAACUAUCUCGAAUGGACUCACUCCUUUACCUUUUAGUGUAUCCUCAAAGACCACUUUUGACGACGAAAACAAUUGAACUGGUUGGGUACGAUAAGCUUGGAGCUGGGCAGAAUGCAACAGUUGCUGUUAUGAGUUAUAGUGGUUAUGACAUUGAGGAUGCUAUUGUCAUGAAUAAAUCGUCUCUUGACCGUGGUUUUGGCCGGUGCAUCGUACUGAAAAAGUGUGCCGCAAUAAUGCAGAGGUAUGAUAAUGGCACACAAGAUAGAAUAUUAAGACCAGGUUUUUUACCGGGAAUAUCCGCUGAAAUACGUAAGAAGAUGAGGGUACUAGAUAUGGAUGGGAUGGCACUUCCUGGAGAAAUAAUUAGGCCAGGUGAGAUGUAUGUCCACAAAGAAGUCCCAAAUGAUACCAAGGGUACUAAUAAUCCGAUAAAAUUCGGAUUCAAAUCUGCCUUUCAGACACACAAAGGUAAUAGAGGUGAGACAGAAGUAAUCGACAGAGUAGCACUGUUUUCAGAUACCAACAACAAUCUGUGCAUGAAGUUCCAAAUUCGCCAUACCCGCAGACCAGAGCUAGGUGACAAAUUUAGCAGUAGACAUGGGCAGAAAGGUGUUUGUGGAACCAUCGUUCCGCAGGAGGAUUUUCCUUUCUCGGAACGAGGCAUUUGCCCCGACUUGAUUAUGAACCCUCAUGGAUUUCCAAGUCGAAUGACAAUAGGUAAAAUGAUCGAGCUUCUUGGUGGAAAGGCUGGGGUAUCAUGCGGUAGAUUCCAUUAUGGAAGUGCCUUUGGGGAGCCAAGUGGCACUGCAGACACAGUUGAAGCUAUUAGUAAAACCCUAGUGGAGAAGGGCUUUAGCUACAACGGCAAAGAUUUUCUGUACUCAGGUAUUACCGGGUCUCCUCUGCAAGCAUAUAUAUUCAUGGGGCCAAUUUACUACCAGAAGCUAAAGCACAUGGUUUUAGACAAGAUGCAUGCUCGUGGUUCAGGACCUCGCGUCAUGCUCACAAGACAACCCACAGAAGGGAGAGGCCGUAAUGGAGGGUUACGAGUUGGAGAGAUGGAACGUGAUUGCUUGAUUGCAUAUGGUGCCAGUAUGCUUAUUUAUGAACGCUUAAUGAUCUCCAGUGAUCCGUUUGAGGUUCAGGUUUGUCGUACCUGUGGUUUGUUAGGCUAUUACAACCGUAAGCUCAAAACUGGUGUCUGUUCUUCUUGCAAAAACAGUGAAAACAUGUCAAAGAUGAAACUUCCAUAUGCUUGUAAACUCUUAUUCCAAGAACUUCAGUCGAUGAACAUUGUCCCUCGUUUGAAGCUUACUGAGGCCACAUAAACGGGGUGGAGUAGGACAUGAAGACCAACCUGUCAAGAGGUGACAUGCAGUUUUUCCUCCUUUCUAAUUCCUCAAAUUUUGUUUGAA